AUGGCGCUCGUUAAUUACGACCGCUCCGACGAUUCUUCGGACUCCGAGGGUGCUUUCCCCGUAUUGCUAAUAAUCUGUUGCUUUAGAAGAAACAAAUCCCGAAGUGUCGAAUCUUUCACAAAAAGUUGUGCCGCCAAACUCAUCGGAACAGUUUAUGGAUUCUGUCGAGGCCGAGUAUAAAAUGCGGAUUCCCAGGAAUGCAAAGCCUCUUUUAAAGCCUUUAAACAUUGAAAGACGAACUUCAAAGUCAGGAAAGGUUUUAAUAACAAUUCCAACACUAGAAGAGGUAUCUGUGAUUUCCAUUGUCUCAGUAUAUUCAGCUAGAUUCUUCGGAUGACAGUGACGACGAAAGCAGCAUGAAACCCCAAAAGACACAGGUAAGCCUCCGAGAAAUUUGCCGGCUUCAAAGUGCAUGUUAUCCCGUUAGUUUUGAGACCAGUCGAGCAAUUGGUUCUGCUGACCUCACCAAUUUCCAAGGUUAACCACCUAGCUAUUACAUUUUUCAGACAUAUCCGGCAAAACAAAAGCAGUCUACCAGCUUGCUGGAUCUUCUCCCACCCACGCGAGCCCUUAUCGUUCGCGAGGGCAGUUCGCCGAUGAUGAUUCCUCAUCAACUGGCUAGGCCAAAGGCACCCGAAGGUCUUGUAAAGCAAUAUGAACAACGUCAGCGGGCUGCCGCUCAACUGAAAUCCGCGAAUCCUACCUUGCCGGAGGAGGAUGAAGAUGAGUUCACCGCAGAUAUCGAUGAUGACGCCGAACAGGGAACCGGAGAAUCAAAGUAUUUCUCCUUCUACGAUGCGAAAAAGGAGGCAGAGCGUUUGACUGCUCUUGGCCAGACAGCGGCAGCAUCAUCAUCUGCCGUCCCAUCCUCAUCUAAUUCUUCUUCCCACCCGGCUACCUCUCAUGUUCCAAGUUCAGCUCCUUCCAAAAUUAGUGUUCCCAGUUCCGCGCCUCCAGGACUUCCAGUUCUUCCAGAAAAACCGUUUGCCGAUGCGGACCUUCCUGAACCGGGACAGGGACCUGCAGAUCAUUCAGCUAAGGAAUCGAGUCAGGUAGAUGAUGUGGAGGAGCCGGAACCCGUCUGGACAGAAGCCUCCUUUAUUCCUGCCCCAGAGGUAGGUUCUGCACGCGUUACAGUUGUUUAGUAUCUGCAACUUCCACAUUCUCGAGAUUCCAGUCAGUCAAACAGCAUUUAAAAUAGAUGGAAACUUUAUUUUUCCCUAUUCUCUUCUCUCAUUCAUUUACAAGCUCCUAUUCGCUAUAUUUUUAAGCGCAAGCGGGCCCGCCUCGGUGGAUGUGGCCAGGUACCCAUCGGAGCUCGUUCGUCCGCCGUCAUGGAUGUUCUUGCCUCUACCAAGUCGGGGAUUCGCACUGUUAGUCAAGAUGAACUAACUGAUGGGGCUCAGCUUGAGUUGCUUAAGUCUAUUACCUCGGACAACCGACCGAGGAAGGUUGAUGUUGAACAGCCAAACAAGUUAGCCUUCAGAAAACACCAGAUAACUUGGUUGGCAUACAAGGUAAGUCUUGAUGCGCAUGCCUCAGUGCUCCGAAAACUGGAAUAUAGUUUUUAAAAUACUUCCUGUGUUAUAAAAGAUAGCCUUGAUAAGUCUCUGAAUUUAAAGUCCUAUUCAUUGCCAGCUUAUGCCGUCAUUGUGCUCUUUGGCCAUUCAAGGAAUGCCCUUACCAGGCAAACGGCGCUUAUCACUAACCAGAGGGUAUAAAUUUGGACUGCUAUUUUUUACUUGGCAGUUGGCCUACAGAUCAGUUAUUGUUGCUAGCUAGCCACCCUUCCUGAUCAGUCAAUCUGGAUAGAGGUCGAUGGACUACAGCCAUUUACCCGUUUACGUGUCCGAGCACGUGAAGUGUGACUCGUCGAAAUAGGCGCCGAUGGUCUAGCGCCCGAAAGGCAACUCAAGACAGCAUAGAUAGUCUAGAUACUUUUCAUUGUCCACGAUUUGUGCAAAAUAUCCUUCUUCAUUGCCUGUACUUUGCAAAGUAAGUGUAAUAUGGUCGUACGAGUACAUCAUCGCAAACGCUCACACGGAAUUCUUUGCUGCAGCUCUCUUCUAGCAGCAUGUUGGUGUUCCAACCAGAACAGGUAUUUACAGAUCGUACUUUCGUUUUUAUAAUUUGGUCUAUAGAAGUGUCCCCUCUGUUAAUUCCCCGCUCAACUUGACUUUGACCACUUGUUAGAUGCAAUAAAGUGAGAUAAUAUAAAGCCCUGUUUGAGAGACCGCCAAAACUCUAUUUUUCCUCUCCCAGGCCCAGGAGCAGGAGUACGAGUUGCAGGAACAGUGGUCUGAGGCGAGGCGGAACCAGCAUCUGAGCCGCUCAAAGUACGGAUUUUAA